AUGGGACACACUUUUGCUGCGUUGUCAUUUCUAGCUGAGAUCUUUAUCUUCCUUUACGUUGGAAUGGACGUUGUACGCAACAGUCCUGGGCAGUCGAUUGGAGUGAGUUCGAUACUCCUUGGGCUUAUUCUUCUGGGUCGUGCAGCGUUCGUGUUCCCUCUUUGGUUCUUGUCGAAUUUGACAAAGUCUUCACCGGAUGAGAAAAUCGAUUGGAAGAAACAAGUCACCAUUUGGUGGGCUGGUCUGAUGCGUGGCGCAGUCUCAAUGGCUCUUGCUUAUAACCAGUUCACGACUUCAGGACACAUAAAGCUUUUUGAAAAUGCUAUCAUGAUCACCAGCACCAUCACUGUUCUUUUCAACACUGUGUCAAAAGGUCUACAACACCGAGAUCUUCUUUGGACGAGCCGCUCAUCGAUAGCGGUGGCAGGCUACAUCCAAAACUACGAGCCGCUAAUUAGCAGCCAAGGCCAAUCGGAUGACAACCUUGAUCAACCGAUCAGCGUGAGAAUGCUCUGGAACGCUCCAUCCCGAGCAAUUCAUUACUAUUGGAGGAAAUUCGAUAACGCGGUUAUGCGUCGCAUAUUUGGCGGCCGAGGCAUUUCGCCGAUAGUUCCGGGUUCACCGGUUGAUACUAGUGUUCGGCAGUGGAGUGAAGAAGUAGAAGAAAACAAGGAACAAUACACCGAACCUUAA